AUGAGGAGAACCUGCUUUUCGUUAGAGAUGCUGCUGUUGUGCAUCGCCAGCGGAGCAAGUGCUGCUGCACGAAUCGAUAAAUCCAUCGACUCCUCAUCUUCGGCGAGUAAUUUCUCCGACCUGGAUGGCACCGCGGACAAUCGGACGGAGCAGGCGACUGUCCCCAAGACCAGACGGAGGCGUUACAUUUCCCAAAACGACAUGAUAGAGAUUCUAAAUUAUCACAACCAAGUUCGAGCAAACGUUUUCCCGCCUGCCUCAAACAUGGAGUACAUGGUGUGGGACGAGGGUCUGGCUAGGUCCGCUGAGGCCUGGGCUGCCAUGUGCAUCUGGGAUCAUGGCCCCCAGCAUCUCCUCAGGUUUCUGGGCCAGAACCUCUCUGUCCGGACCGGACGGUACCGGUCCAUCCUUCAGCUGGUGACGCCCUGGUACGAUGAGGUCAGGGACUACGCUUUCCCGUACCCUCGAGACUGCAACCCCCAGUGUCCCAUGCGCUGCUACGGGCCCAUGUGCACGCACUACACGCAGAUGGUGUGGGCAACGUCAAACAGAGUUGGCUGUGCAGUUCACACCUGCUAUGACAUGUAUGUGUGGGGUGCUGUUUGGAGGAGGGCGACUUACCUUGUGUGCAAUUACUCUCCAAAAGGGAACUGGAUUGGCGAGGCUCCCUAUCGCGUUGGCGUUCCGUGCUCCGAGUGCCCUCCACGCUACGGUGGUUCCUGCAGCAACAACAUGUGCUUCCCUGCGCCGACCUCAAACUACCUGUACUGGUUCAAAUAG